AUUGUAAUUAUUAUCUAUUAGUGUUAUUCGAAGGCGAAAUUAUAUAUUAAUUAAUAUUUGUUUUCCAUCGAUACCUUUAUUAUUUUGUUCUACUUUUGCAAUCGUUUAUGAGCUGUGCCGCGAAGGGCUGUGGGCGACGACAAUUUUUCCGCAAAAUACAAUAUUAUUAUAAUAUUAUCUCUGGGCGUGCAGACGAUAAUAUUAUUAUUACCUACGUAUACGAUCGAAUCGCCACGAAUUUCCGGGGGGCGCCCACAUAAUUAUUUUCCCGUAACGUAAACAAUACGAUCGUGUUCGUUUCGGUUUGAUCGUGAAAAUCCGUGGGGCCGUGCAUAUCGCGUGCGACGAUAUCGGUGGUGGGGUACGCCGAAAAAGUGUAAGCGCCCGUAUCCGCGUAUAACGGCGAUAAUCACAAUAUAAGUAAUAAUAAUAAUAAUAAUAAUAAUGAUAAUAAUAUUAUAACGACCGUACUUAACGUGACGUUUUGUAAAUUAAAAAUUAUAUACAUUUUAUUACGGUGUAACAAGUUAUUAUUACGUAAGCGUUUCGUGGGUUGUAUUUUAGAACACACUCCGUGGCGGGCGGACGGCGGCGGCGGGAUCGCGUGCGAAGGGAUUUCCGUGGUUUCCGUCGUGCGCGGAACGGCGGGCUAGAGGGAGGGAUCAAUACGUGCGAAGAGGGGACCGGCGGCGGUGACGUCAAGUCACGCGCUUCCCGUGACGUCAUGAUAUACCGACGCCGCCGUGACUCGGUCACCGGGAUGAAUAAUGAUCGGCGCAGACGACGGCCGUUUUUAUACCGUGCGUGCGUGCAUUAUCGCGUACCUGCACGCUUUAAAUGUCAGGUAGUUGUGGUCGUUGUCCGCCGCCGCCGACUCUCGGCCGUUCGCCUUUGUGUAACGCGUAUACCAAACGUAUGGUAAUAAGUGGUAACGGUAUCCUUUCGCCGCGCGCGGUUGCAGACGUGGUUCGGUGGCGAGCCGGGUCGGGGCCAUGGACAGGGCCGACCGUCUAGCCCGGAGCUUGGAAUUGGAGAAGGCCUACGUGCACGACACUUACCAGGAGAUGUACCAGCCCGCACAUAAGACCAAACCGUGGCCGAAGGUGACGCAGUUCCUGCACGACUUGGAACCAGGAUCACUCGUGUGUGACAUCGGUUGUGGUACAGGAAAAUAUUUAUCGACCAACCCACAUGUGUUCAAAGUAGGCGUUGAUCGUUGCCUGAGGUUAACUGAAAUAGCUAGAAGUCGAGACAGUGAAGUAUUGGUGUGUGACAAUCUAACCUUACCAUUCAAAGACUGUAGCUUAGAUGCUGUAUUGUCUAUAGCUGUUAUUCAUCAUUUUUCAACAACUGAAAGACGUGUGUGUGCCUUACGAGAGCUAGCCAGGGUACUUAGAAUUGGUGGUCGUAUAAUAAUUACAGUGUGGGCCAUGGAACGACGCCAUAGAAAAUUUCAAUCUCAAGACGUACUAAUGCCCUGGCACAAGCCCUGUAGAAAUUUAGAAAGUGAAUCUACAGAAUUUUCUACAACCACAACAACGUCUGACGAGGAAUAUAUUAGCACAAGAAAAAAAUCUAAUUCUGAUUCAACAACGAGUAUCAAAAUGUGUUGUGAGAGAAAAACUAAACGUAAGGAACAAUCAAAUUGGAGAAAAGGAAUAACGAGUUCCCCGAGUAGUUCUAGUUUAUCGAGUCCAGGAACUGAAACUUGUUAUAGCUUUGUUCGGAAAGCAAUACAGAAGCUUGCCGGUUCAACCAAGCGAGGUAAAGUGUCAUCGAAACCUUGGUUUGUUGCUUCCUGGACAUCACUUGAGUUGCCGUCAGUAUUACGUUCUGAUCCUGAAGGGUGUGAGACUUGCAACGAAGAUGUACUAAAUGUUCCUAUAGAACUUAGACGAAUGGAAGAUUCACCAGACUCGAUACCUCUAUUCAAUCGAACACCUACACACAAAUCUAAGAGUUUAACUGAUAUCAAAAACACUGCGGAAAAACGGAUGGUACGAUCGAGGUCGAGUAUACCGGAAUUGGAAAAAUCAAUGCCACUAACUCAUUCAAAACCAAAAUUAGUGAAACAAAAACAAUCGCUAUGUGAUGAGGAUGCAGAAGAAGAUAGAGAUAAAGCUACUGACAUGAAAGAUUUGGUUAAUAAAUUACCUCAAUUCGAUGUAGGCAGUGGUUCAAAAAGAUACAGAUAUAAAAGUAAUGAAAUAAAACAAAGAUCGAUGAAUGAAGAACUUAUGUCUAUAGAAAGACUUAAGGAAAAGGAAAUCGUUCAAAAGAACAUUCAGAGGCAAGCAUCGUUAAAUGAAGAGCUUAUGUAUAGCACACGUACGUUGGAAUCCAUUAAAGAUACACUACAAUUGCUCAAAACUGGAUUCACAAAAACGUUUAAAAAUCCAUCCAGUCAGGUAUCUGACAAUAUUAAAAGUGGACUUAGUAGAAUGCUAGGGUAUAAGGAAGGUUGUGAAGAAAAGGUUAGUGAUGAAAAAAAAAUAGAAAUGCCCGUUCCCGCAUUGGUGACAACAACGUGUUGUGACGGACGUAGAAGUUCCCGUGAAGAUGGUUCUUCUGAAGAUUCGUCAAAAGACAGUUUACAGAGUGAUGCUAGUGUUGAUUCUGAAGACAGUCUGAGUAGUUUAGCGUCUGUUAUAUUUGUGAAUGCGACCGGUGGGUCUGAUAAGACAUGUUCACCACCAUUAGUCGAACAACAAGCACGAACAGCUCCGUGCACACCCACUGCUAAAUCUCAAAGUCAAUACAGGUCGUCUUCACAUCCUAAUACCCCAAAAACAGCGCCUAUUCAUCCAUCACAUUUUAGAUUACCAACUAGGUUCAACUCACAAAAUGGAAAUGAACCGUAUCAGUUAAAUUUAUCAACAGAACAACAAGUCGACGAUGUUUUGAAACCCAUCAAAUUAUCACCUGUGAAAACAGCAAUAGAAAUGAAGCUCAGAAGAGAGCAAGAAAAAGAUCAAGAAUUAGAACGUAGAGAUCAUGUUUGUGAAGGUGGAGAUCAUAAUGCACGACCUAAAGAAAGAAUUAGUGCAGAAAAGCUUAAACAAAUUCAAGAUCUUCUUUUAAACACUAAACCAGUAACUGGACGUCAUCGUUUACCAAAAGCUGAUCGAACGUUUUCUGGUUUACGAGGAAGACACUUUAUUAAAACAGUUGAAGAAACAUUUCAUCCAGAAAUAGACGAUAUAGAUAGUGAUGCGGAAUCAUCGUCCUCUGAUUCUGUUAGCAGUGUUAUUAGUGUAGUGGUGGAAGAUGAACGAAAAAUUACAGAUGUCGAGUUUGACGAAUCUUUUGACGUAGAAACACCAGCAAAACCCGAGGAUGAAACAUCAACGGAACGUGAUAAUUUAGAACAAAUCUGUUCUUCAGAUUCUGCUGUAAUUAAAAAAGAUUCUAACCCUAAAGAAUACCCCAGUCCUAAAGAAGAUCCUAGUCCUAUAGAACAUCACAGCCCUAAAGAAGAUCUCAGCCCUAAAGAAGAUCCUAGCCCUAUAGAAGAUCCAAGCCCAAAAGAAGAUUCCAACCCAAAAGAAGAUCCAAGCCCGAAAGAAGAUCGCAGUCCAAAAGAAGAUUCUAGCCUAAAUGAAGAGCAUAAUCCUAAAGAAGAUCAACCAAAUCAUACUAACCGAUGGAGUCUACAAGAACACCCGAACAAAGGGACGACAGUUCGAAAUAGUCCAAGUCUCGGUUCAAUACCAAAACACAAGAGGGCCAGUAAGUGUUCUAAAGAUGAGUUAUCAGAUUUGCCGGAAACGUGGGAUGAGGAAUGUCAAAAGCAUCUCGUGGACUUCGCUGAAAGAUUAAAUAAAGAACUGAGGGCCGCAAUAGGCAUGGAGCCGGUAGAAGAUCCGAAGAAGGCACGUGACGACGUAGUAGACACGCCGGAAAAGGUAGAGUUGAUGCAAUAUUUUCACCAGCUGAUGCGACCGGACGAAAUAUUAUCGGACCCGUCAUCUUCCGACGGACAGCUGGAGGACGAACCGCUCGACUACCAUCGGAUUGAGAUACUGGCUGGGUCUGAAGCACCCCGCCGACCCAGCAUUUCCGUCGAAACACAAGACUCUGUGGACAAGGUACUACGUAGCCGGGAGGGGUUCCGGUCGCGGCUCUACCGCAAGUCCGUAGACUCAGCGGAAGACCGGCAUGCGUCCCUAGAGCUGGAGUGUGACUCGAGGCGCGACACUGUUUCCAGCAGCCAGGUAUCGCUACUCCGGCCUGGUAACUCACUUGAAUCCAACGACACUGCGGACACGCACACCACCACACAGAGCACGACUUCCCUGACAUCGUGGAGUGACUGCAGCAAAGACACGAGGUUCGCGGACCGUAGACAGGCUCGGUGCGAUGGUCGGUCGUCGUCAGAGGAGACGGACCCUAGGCGGGCUGCUGUCCUGGUCCGCCAGCACGCUGCCGUCGAAACCCAAGAAACGUCCAAGAGUGACGACACGUGUAGCUUAUCCACCUCACAAGAAUCGUUGUCCGAGCACGGUGGUGGGUCUAUAACAUUCCACAGGUACUAUCACGUGUUCAGGGAGGGUGAACUUGACCAGCUGAUCGAGAAACACGCCGAUAAUUUGCACAUUAUUUCUUCGUAUUAUGACCAAUCAAAUUGGUGCGUUAUCGCCGAAAAAGUACAGGUGUGGACUAUUUAGUGAUGCGGUAUAGUGAUGCGUUUAAAAAAAAUUAAUAUUUUAAGACUGGUUUUUAUUCAAACCCAUUUGGUUUUAGGACUUGUGAGUUCAUUAACAAUUCUUCAAAAUUGUUGUAGAUUUGUGUAAAUUACAACUAGUCACAUAUAUAUAUAUUAUAAUAUUCGAAUGACAAUUGUACGGAUAUACAUUUUUCAUUUGAUGUUGAGGUGUUUUUCCUAGCUCAUUGCUUACAUAUAAUAUUUUAUAAUUAUUCAUUUUCAAUAUUCAAAUACAACUAUAAUAUUCCUAGAACUACGUUAUAUAAGCUACUUAACUUCAUAUAAAUAGAUAUUAUUACGUCUAGUUUCCAAAUUAAAAAUUAUUAUACGUUCUACAAAUAAAUUGUUUACUCGGGACUUUAUUAUUGCGGAUAAAUAUUAAAUCAAUUUUUCGAUGCCACCAUUGUUUAAUUAAGUAUUGGUAGUUCUGUAGGUACUUGACCAUUUCGAGGGGAUAUGAGAACAUGGACUCUCUCUACCAAUCGUUUAUGCGUCAUGGCACUUAUUGUAACAUUAUAUUAUUAUUAUUUUUUUUUUUUAUUAUUAUUACCUAAUCAUAAGUUUUUGAGUUUAUUGUUUAUUAUGGCACCUUCUUAAUAUUCCGCAAAUGCAAUUAAUUCUUAGUUACCGACGUAUAGGAAAUGAUAUUAUAGUUUUUGUCUUUUUGCUAAAAUACAAUCUAAUAUGACGCAUAGGUAGUUUGUAUAAUAUCUAAUUAGUAUAGGUAUUGACGAACAUUAAACAAUUUAGUUUGUAGCUAUUAUAAUUUAUUACCACUUUUUUACCAUUAAUUAAUU